AUAUUCCACCAAUAGGUUUGGAGAAAAUGGCAUAGAGCCGAUCGAGGUCCUAGGACAGAUCCUUGUGGUACGCCGCAAUUGAGACGGAAAUCAUCGGAGAAGGUGGAUCCUAUGGCCACUUUUUAGGUCUUCUGUGAGAGAUAUGACUUAAAUACAUUUACUAGUGUUUGAUAUAUUUAUCUAUCAUACUAACAAGUGAAUUUUAAGAUAUUGUCUUCCAAUGCAUGCUAAUUAUGGAGGUAUAUUGAAUAUUUCUGAGUACUAUAUUGGGACUUUUGUCAUAGCUAAUAGCAUUCAGAAGUUUGUUACACGUAUGUAGUUUUUUUUAACCAGGAAAUUAAAUCUCAGACCAGAUUCUUGAAAAAUCUUAAUUAUCUCCAGCUUGUGAUUCGAGUUUUUUUUUUUGUUUUUUUUUUUUCAUAUAUCCAUGGAUAAAGUGAUUUAUAGAGUCAAUCCUAUGCUAUACUAGUAGCAAUUUACUAUACAUGUAUUUAUUUGUCCAUUACGAAGGUAUAUCAUGAUAAGAAUGUAUUUACAUGAACUUUCUAUCUAUAUAUAAAUGACUGCGUGGCCUAUAUCAUAGAGAUAAGUACACUAUUGUGAGUGCAUCAAACAUGAAUUUCUCCUAUAUGUUUUUUCUACCCAUACUCUCAGCAAUAUAUACGUGCCAUGGUAAGACGGUAUGUGAGGACAGAAGGGUUGAUUUGCUUUUGGAAGAGAUGACUUCGCUUCGACGAUCGGUAUUGGCACUUGAGGACACGGUUCGACGUCAACAUGACCUAAUUGAUGACCUCAUUCAACGAAAUAUACAACAGGAGAGACGAAUAGAGGAAAUCAAAACUACCAAGGGCACUCAAACCGAGAAGUUAGAGCACCGGUUGGAGAGUGUGGAAACUAAAUUUAAAACGGAGUAUGCUCCAUUUUCUGGCUCUAAUGUCACCACUUAUCCGCAUGGAAGUGGAAUCAUACCGAACAGAGGAAGGAUCACCAGAAGAAGACGUCAACAACUUCCUUUGAAUCCCAUGGCAACUGGACCCCAUCCGUAUGAAGAAGGAGUGGUCGCUUUUUAUGCUCAGAUGUCCUCUGUUGAAGUGAGUCCCAGUGCUCACCACACUCUUAUCUUCGAUAAAGUGCGUACAAACGUCGGCAAUGGAUAUAAUGGAAUCACCGGGGUCUUUACGGCACCACAGGAAGGAAUAUACACAUUCAUCUGGGUCAUUAGAAUGGUCAAUGCCGAACAUUCAACUGAAUUACUGAUUAACAACGACAUCUUGGGCGCUACAUUUUUGCGCGCAAAAAAUGGUGACGAUGGGUCGGUAAGUGGAACUGCAAUUGCGCAUGUCGGAAAAGGAGACGUUGUAUUCGUGCGCAUUCACUCCACGUAUCCUGGGGAUGGUAACGUUCACAGUAAUUUGCAUGGUCAGCCAACAUUCUCUGGGUGGUUGCUGCACUAAAUUAUGAUUUAAAUUCCUAAUUAAAGUUAUAAAUUUUUA